UUGUUGCGGGAGAGGGGGGAUGCGGGGGUUGUGUGUCGGGGGGCGAUGGUUGGUGUUAUGGCCCGACUGCUCCCGGAUAUGAUCGACAGCACCCCGGAGCGGUUCACCGUCGUCAACGAGUCCAUCGGGUUCCUAGAAACGACCAUCGGAGUCGGCGUAAUGACGGCAGACAUGCAGGCGCGGCGGGCAGAGAUCAUCUCCGAGGUGCUAAUCCACAUGUUUGAACCGACCGGCCCCGCGCAGAUGGCCGGUGUCCCGGAGAUGAUUGCAGGGAACAUUGAGCGGAUGAAAUCGCUCAGUGGGCCCGUUACUGGUGAGGGAUCUGCGACGUCGUGUUGGUCGCAGUUGGUGAGCACGCGGACUGUGCUUAAGGUCAUUGCGCGGCUGUACCCGACGACGCCCGAUGACGGGACCGCGUGUCCGUUCGACACGUCCGCGCUUCAGAUCAUCCUGCAGCGCGCACAUUGCUACAUUGACCGGAGGAGAUUCACCAGCGACAAGCACGCCUUCAUAACGAACGGGUACCGAUUGCUAAUUGCACUGGCCGCCCCCGAAAUGAUGCACCCGUUCUUGUUCAAGAGCGUGUUGCAGAUGCUGUUGAAGGCGAUGAAGGCAAAAGAGAUGUGUGCGGAUGCGGGCGGAAUGUUCUGCUACAUGCACCUUGUGGCCCAGCGGCAUGCCACGCGGCUCGUUGCUUCCACUAUCACCUCGACGGCGCCGGCGUUGGCACAGCUCGUCCUUGACUACAUUACGGCAGGCCACGCGCAAUGCGCCGAGGCCAUGGAACGCGUGCUGGAACGAGUAUGCGUGAUCGCCCGCUCAAUCGACCAGCGCACCGUGCAGCUCGCCAUCCUCCAACUCGACGCCGACAUGCCCAUCGCGCGCCGCUUGGCCCACCGUUUCGCGGUCGAUUUCAGGACAGCGGACCCAAGCGUCGUGAUGCAGUUGAUGGAUCUGCGCGAUUCUACCCCGUUUGCGCAGUUGGCCCGCGUCAAGUACCUGCGCACCGCGCUUGAUCAGAACGGGUUGGCGGCGCAGCUGGGUGCUGCGAGCGGCGGGGCGGAUGUUAAUCACCUUGUUGGGCGGUUGCUGGCUAUGCUGGACACGUCGGCGGGGAACAGGCCGCUGAUUGUAGAGAUUGGACACUGUUUGGGCAAGCUGGCGUGUUUUUUGACGGGGCGGAUUGCAAGAGUGGAUUCGAAAUCGGAGCUGGCGUUGGUCGCCGCGGCGACGGCGGGCGAUGAUGCGGUUAAGCCGGAUGUGGGGCAUUGUGUGGCGCUGUCGUGUCUACAGCGGUACUUGUUUCAUGAGGAGUUCGAGAAGGUGGAUCAGGUCAUUCGGUGUUUGAAGCGGAUUCUGGCGACGCCUGCGGGAGGCGUUGCGUUUGCGAGUUUGCGACCGGAAGUCGCGCAGUAUCUCGACAUCUGCCAUGAUUCAGUGUCUGAGGUCGUUGACGAAUCUUCUCGGGCCUCGUACCCCAAGAUCACCGACAACGCUCUCUGGGAAGCUCUUCAACAUCGCAGCGAUGCCGACCCGACCACCCGCACCGUGAGCGCAGAACAAGCACUUGUGAAUCUAGCAAACGCGAUCCUCUCCUCCUGCCCAACAGACGACAUAUUUCCCCAUCUGCGAUCCGUAUUCGAGAUGAUUCCGGAACUCGGUAGCACGAUGAUGCCGUACAUCCUGCAUGCUGCAUUGCAUCAUGAGAUGACCGUGACCCGCAAGACGAUUAGGAAGCGUGGCGUGGUCUCCUUUCGCGCUAUGUUGUCGAAGAGGAUUCGCGAGAUUGUGGAGGCGCCUGAGGGUGUUGAGGAGGAUGUUCUUGUUGCGAUUUUGCGGGUUCUUGAGUUUUUGCGAACACAACCUCACCCUCUGAGCGUCACGCCCUUUGACAACAACGCCUGGCUCGAUCUUGAUUUCGUCAAUGUAGCAAAAGCCGCAGUUCACUGCAAAUCCUACGCAUCGGCGGUCCUCUUCCUCGAGAUCGCGCAAGAGGUGUCCAAGCGACCAUGGGCGAAAGAGCUCAACAUGACACAAACAUCAUCCGGAGGCGAGCUCACCGCCUGCGACCUCCUCUUUUCCAUCACGCGCUCCAUAGGCGACGCCGACGGAUUCGAUGGCGUCAUGUCAUACGGCGGGUCGCGCAGUCUAGGCGACGGAUCUACAUCGCUUAUCCAGAAAUACGAGCACGACCGCGCGUGGGACAAGAUCCUCAACCUUCGUGAGAUCCAGCUGAAGGUUGGUGCGUUCGACACACCAGCUGUCCGAGCGGGCACUCAGGUGGGGCUGAUGAAGGCGAUGAGUAACUUGGGACUGCAUCAUGUUUUGGCGACGUAUAUUGGCGGUGUGCAGCGGGCGGCGGGGGAUAAGGGUCCGCUGGACCAUGAUAUUCGCGAGCUGCAUUAUGAGAGUAUGUGGCGGAAUGCACAGUGGGGCGAUGUGGCUGGUCAUGCCCAGGGCGAUGUCGGGAUUCAACAAAGACUGUAUGGGAUAAUGAAAGCGGUGCACGAUCAUGACGCACCAGCGGUGGAGUUCUCCGUCUCGUCCGCUUUCUACGACCACCUCAAGAUAAACACCGGCAACACGAUACGAAGCGAUUUCAACCCCUUUCAUCCAUUGCGCUUGCUUGUCAGCUUUGUAGAAGCUGAAGAGGUCUGGAGAAUGGCCUCCGCUGGGUCUGCAUCUGCGCCUCUGGAGUUGUUCGAGAUCUGGGAAACGCGGCUGGAGAACCUGCGUAAGACGCAGAACUUGGCGGAUCUGGACCCCAUACUAGCUUGUCGAACGACGGCAUUGAAUGGGAUCGUUGGAUCCGGCUCCGCCCGCUCGACGAAUGCAAAGGCCGGCGGAAUCAUGGGGGUUCGCCCAGGUCUUGUCCGAGCGCAUUGCUCGCAUCUCCUCAGUGUCAGCAAGAUUGCUCGAAAGGCCAGGAACGCACAAAUGGCUCAGACAGCGAUGGCGCAAUUGGAGAUCAUCCUGAACGAGGACAAGAUGAAGCCGGACGCAUCUGACUUGGUGGACAUCUUUGCCCUCGCCAAAUUAGAGAGUUUGAAGAUUCUCUGGGAGCAAGGGAACAGCGCGUUGACUACCAGGUCGCUGAAGCAUUACAUCGAGGUGCAGAUGGCGACUGAAACGCAGCAGCUCAGCAAGAAGGUCGAGUCGCAGUUGGUAUGCCAGCUCGGUCGCUGGACGGCAGCAACGCGAUACGAGCCUCCCGUGAGCGUCAUGCACCAUCUCGCAACCGCAAUUGACCUUGCUGCGGCUGCAAACGACAUGAAACUCCUCGCAAAGGCUCACUACCAUCUAGCCAAAUUCGCGGAUGACCAAUACCAGGAGCAGCUCCUGAACGAUACCUCCGAUCAGCUGGAAGAGCAUAUCCGGUACAAGGAGCGAGAGGCGAAAGCGUGCGAAGACCUUACGAAACGGAGUGUGGGGAAGGACGCCAGCAAUGCGAAACGCUACACCCAUAUCCGCGAUAAGAUAUUGCUGCAAAUUGAGAUGGACCGCGCGGAAGUCAAUCGGUUUCGUCAGGAUAGGGACACGUUUUUGGAGAAAGCGGUCGCGAAUUACGCGCAAGCUCUAGAGCACGGCAAGGAAAACCUCGAUAUGAGUGUCUUCCGACUUAUCUCCCUGUGGUUCGCCAACAUUCAGAAUAAGGAAAUCAACCACAUUAUCAAGGCCGCAUCGAGGGCCGUCCCUUCGAGUGUCUUCCUGGUACUGCUGUACCAGUUAUCCGCUCGCUUGACCACGUCGCCGUCCGACGACGAAGUCGCAUUCCAGCAUAACCUGCAGCGCAUUCUGCUCAAAAUAACUCGCGAUCACCCUUACCACAGCUUGUACCACAUCAUCGCCUUGAAGAACGGAGGUCAGCUAGGCGCCCCAUCUUCAUCCCGGCGUCAAGAGGAAUCAACUCCCACCAUCAAAGCGGCCGAAGCGGUUUUGCAGCGACUUCGGCGUCCAGAUCAUCUGGGGGACCUGGUGGUGCAAGUCGACCGGCUCUGUAACGCGUACAUCGAACUCGCCUGGAGGAAACCUACAGCGGCACAGCUCAAGGAGUCGAAAGUGCAGCAACUGGAUGCGCGUCUGAAUAUCUACGCUAUAGCCAAAUCUGGGAUCAAUGUCCCCAUCGUGACUUCGGACAACCCUGUAAGGCACGACUGUCGCUACGACGACUUACCGACCAUCCAGGGGUUCAAGGGAACGUUCUGGAUUCCUGGCGGCGUGAAUAUGCCGAAGGUUUUGGAUUGUAUGGGUACCGAUGGGAAGAAGUAUGUGCAGUUGGUGAAAGGAAACGAUGAUCUUCGUCAAGACGCUGUUCUUUCCAAUAUCUUCAACAUCAUGAACGUCCUCUUCAAGAAAGACCUGGAGACGCGGCAGCGGAAUCUCGGUAUCCGCACGUACAAAGUGGUGCCUUUGGCUCCGAGAGUCGGCUUGGUGGAAUGGGUCAGCAACACUGCACCGAUCGGGGAAUUCCUUGUGCGCGCUCAUUCCGGAUACCAUCCUGGCGACUGGAAACCUAAUGAAUGCCGGAGUCGCAUGAUGGACGAACAUAAAAAGGGAUCCACGUCGUCGAAGCUGAACUUGUAUCGUCAGAUCGAGGCCAAUUUCAAACCGGUGUUCAGGCACUUUUUGUUUGAAAAUUUCUCGGAUCCUCUGGAUUGGUUCGAACGACGUCUAGCGUACACAAGAAGUGUAGCCGCAAGCUCCAUAGCGGGAUAUGUCGUGGGUCUCGGUGAUCGGCACGCGCAAAACAUCCUCAUAGACAAGGGCACCGCCGAAGUGAUCCACAUCGAUCUUGGGAUCGCGUUCGACCAGGGAAAGGUCCUCACUGUUCCUGAGCUCGUCCCUUUCCGACUCACACGCGACAUUGUGGACGGCAUGGGCCUUCUCGGCGUCGAAGGCGCCUUCCGGCGCGGAUGCGAAGAGACAAUGAAGGUCCUUCGCAAAGACUCCCAGGCGCUCCUCACCAUCCUAGACGUCUUUCGGUACGACCCAUUAGUUACAUGGACGCUCACCCCACUAGAGCAGCGACGGCGACAGGGCCUUGCCGGCAGCGAGGAGGACGAUCGAUUAGAUGUUCUUGAAUCGGAAGGCCCAAAUGGGACAACCGCUCCGAAUACAAGAGACCGCGGCCAGAAUAAGGAGGCGGAACGGGCGCUGUUUGUGUUGCGCAAGAAGUUAUCGGCGUCAGUUAGUGUCGAGUGCCAGAUCAAUGAGCUGAUUCAGACUGCGAUGGAUCCAAAGAAUUUGUGCCGCAUGUUUCCGGGAUGGCAACCCUGGAUGUGAGCACACACUCCUUCCGAGCCACGACGACCCGUUGUCGUUGCGCCUAGCUCUAGUUGUACAUAUAGAACUUUCUGAUACCGUCCCUGUACAUAAACUAGUCUUUGCACAUAGAAGAGCGCUGCAAUCUCCACACAUUGAAAAUAUAAUCAUAGCCAUACUGCAAUUGCAGCCAGUCUGAAUUCGCGCACGGGAAACCGUCGCUCUUCGAAUGAUCUGACUCGUAGGGCCAACCAAGCAGAAAGCAUUCUGUCUGAGACUGAAACGAAAGGACUCAUCCAGCACCCUUCCGAUACAUUCCACCCCGUGUACUUGAAUCUGGUUCACAUCCCUUGCUAGCUAGCAACUCCA